UCCUUUGCUUGAAUUAAAGUAUGAACCGCCAAGAACUAAAUCAUUUACAACCAUUGAAGCAUCAUUACGGGUCGAUGCACUAGCUAGUGCUGGAUUUAGUAUAUCAAGAUCAAAACUUGCGAGCUUAAUCAGUAAUGGAGAUGUGCGACUAAAUUGGUCUCAAGUGAUGAAAAAUGGCACCAUACUCAAGACAGGAGAUAUAGUCUCUGUCAGUGGGAAAGGAAGGCUAAAGUUUAUCAAGUCUGAUUGGUUGUAUCUGUAAUUAUUAUUUUUUUGUGGGGGCGUUUACAUAAAUAGCACAGUAUUUUUUUUAUUUAUUUACAUAUCUCAUG